AUGGGCGCUCAGAGCUCGAGGGGACCGAAGGUCACCAAGCAAGACCGCGCCGUUUUAGACUUGAAAAUUCAGCGUGACCGUGUUCGCCAAUAUCAACUGAAGCAUGUGUUGGACUGUGAAUACGAAGCAGCGCGCGAGGCUUUGCGGUCCGGAUACAAAGAGCGUGCACGACUAGCGCUUCGGCGUCGCGCCUACCAGCAAGGGCUCAUUGAGAAAACAGACCAGCAGCUGGCUACAUUGCAGGAAUUGGUAUCUACUAUUGAAUAUGCCCAGCUUGAACAGAGCAUCAUGUACGGACUAGAACAAGGCAACCAAGUCCUUCGACAAAUACAAAAAGAGACUAGUAUGGAUCGCGUCGAACGUCUUCUAGACGAUACCGCAGAGGCGCAACAAUACCAACGCGUA